AUGACUGCACAUCGGUACAUGUGUUUCUGUAUUUAUCGUUCCUCGGUGCCAACCGGAGUGUGAAUUUUCCGGCUCUCCGUGAGGACGUUGGAAUCUGUACCAACGACGACGACGGGCCUUUUCGACGGAAACGGAAAUUCCGUGACACGCACGCGGCGGAAGAGAAGCGACGACGUCGUUGGCCGAACCUCCUCGCAGUGUCCAAGAGUGUGAGUGAGCAACGACGACGACGACGGUCCGGAGUUGCCGGAGUCAAACUCCGGGGUACCGUGCCAGCCCGCCAACUCAUGUGUGUUCAGAACCAGCCAGGCGGCAAAAAGGCAAACAACCAGCUGUUGGCUCGUCCAGAGUGUCGGAACUUCCGGUAGACUGCUGGUAGACGAGACCGUGGGUCCUGCGGAAUUGAUCACUCACUCGAAUCAGGGCUGCUCCGCUGGGGAAUCCCCGGCCACGUGUGUUGUGUGCCCAGUAGAGUAGAAAGAUUUAUUCGGAGGCCACCCUCCAACGUCACCGCGCGCGUGGUUUGUGUGACCACACGGCACACGACAAAACGGUUCCAAGUUCAGGGCUGUGAUUCGAUUAGUAUCAGCUCGUUGAUUAUGGUUCAAAUAAUUUAAUUUCACAUCAUCCCGUCGACUUCGUCGCCGUCGUCCCAGACAAUCAACAGUUUUUUUUGCGCCUCCCGUUCCGGGAAACGGACCGCCUUCCCCUCGGGGGGACAUUGACGCGCGAAUUCCAAGUUCCGUGUGGUGACAAGAACAACAAAUCGCAGAAGAGAGAAAAAAACGAAGAAAAAAAGUGUUGAGUGAGUGCGUUUUGCUUCCGAGUGAUUUGGUGACCAGUGACCCUGAAACAUUGAACUCCUGAACUGGAACUGAAAUCAGCCAGCCAGUCAUCGUGAUCGGGAAAUUAGCAAAGAAAGCAACGAGACAUUAAACUUCCCCUAGGAAGUCGCUCGAAUGCUGGGACGGCCACUAGCCAAGUAAACGCGGGCGCACCCCAGGAAUUCCUUGCUGUGGACGGGUGAGAAGUGAGUAAGCAAGUCGGACGCUAACCGGACCGGAACAUGGGACACUUGAGGAACAAACAGCGCCGGCACCACCAGAAGGAAGCCGCACUCCAGCGGGAAGAAAGACUACGGAAGCAGCUCGAUGAGGUGGACAUUAUGAAUCUGCCACUCCGACUGGACAUCAAGAGGCGGCUCACGUCCCGCUCGGACCGCGUCAAGUCGGUGGACCUGCACCCGACGGAACCAUGGAUGCUGUGCGCGCUCUACAACGGCCACGUCCACGUCAUGAACUACGAAAACCAGCAGCUGGUCAAGGACUUUGAGGUUUGUGACAUUCCGGUGCGGUGCGCGCGCUUCGUCGCCCGCAAGAACUGGAUCAUCACCGGGUCGGACGACAUGCAGGUGCGCGUGUUCAACUACAACACGCUCGAGAAGGUGCACGCCUUCGAGGCCCACACGGACUAUGUCCGCGCGAUAGCGGUCCACCCGACACAGCCGCUCAUCCUGACCAGCAGCGACGACAUGCUGAUCAAGCUGUGGAACUGGGAGAAGAUGUGGUCGAUGCAGCGGGUCUUCGAGGGACACACCCACUACGUCAUGCAGAUCGUGUUCAACCCCAAGGACAACAACACAUUCGCCAGUGCCUCGCUGGACCGGACGGUCAAAGUGUGGCAACUGGGUUCAAACGUGGCCAACUUCACCCUCGAGGGACACGAAAAGGGCGUCAACUGCGUGGAUUACUACCACGGUGGGGACAAACCGUACCUGAUUUCCGGUGCGGACGAUCGGCUCGUCAAAAUCUGGGACUAUCAGAACAAAACGUGCGUCCAAACGCUGGAAGGGCACGCCCAGAACGUGUCGGCGGUUUCGUUCCACCCGGAGCUGCCGAUCGUGCUGACCGGGUCGGAGGACGGCACGAUCCGGAUCUGGCACUCGGGGACGUACCGGCUGGAGACGUCGCUGAAUUACGGUUUCGAACGGGUGUGGGCGAUCGCCGGCAUGCGGGGCACGAACAACGUCGCGUUAGGCUACGACGAGGGUUCGAUCAUCAUCAAGGUGGGCCGCGAGGAACCGGCCAUGUCGAUGGACGUCAACGGGGGCAAAAUCGUGUGGGCGCGCCACUCGGAGAUGCAGCAGGUUAACCUGAAGGCCCUGCCGGAAGGCACAGAAAUCAAGGACGGCGAACGGCUACCGGUGGCCGUCAAGGACAUGGGCGCCUGCGAAAUCUACCCCCAGACGAUCGCUCACAACCCGAAUGGACGCUUCGUGGUGGUUUGCGGUGACGGCGAGUACAUCAUCUACACGUCGAUGGCGUUGCGCAACAAGGCGUUCGGCUCGGCCCAGGAGUUUGUGUGGGCCUCGGAGAACUCGGAGUACGCGGUGCGCGAAUCCAGCGGCACCGUCAAGCUGUUCCGCAACUUUAAGGAGCGCAAGAGCUUCACGCCCGACUACGGCGCCGAAGAAGGAAUUUUCGGUGGACAACUGCUCGGAGUCAAGACGUCGUCCGGACUGUCUUUCUACGACUGGGAAAACCUGGAGCUCAUCAGACGAAUUGAGGUUCAACCAAGAAAUAUCUUCUGGAACGAGUCCGGCACGCUCGUCUGUCUGGCCAACGAGGACUCGUACUUCAUCCUGCAGGUCGACAUCGGCAUGAUCCAGACGGCGCUCGCCACCAAGCAGCAGCUCAGCGAGGACGGCAUCGAGGAGGCGUUUGAGGUUCUGGGUGAGGUGAACGAAUCGGUCCGAACUGGGCUCUGGGUUGGGGAUUGCUUCAUCUAUACCAACUCGGUGAACCGGAUCAACUACUACGUCGGCGGGGAGAUUGUGACGAUUUCCCACCUGGACCGAACGAUGUAUCUGCUGGGCUACGUGCCGAAGGACAAUCGCCUCUACCUCGGCGACAAGGAGCUCAACGUGACCAGUUUCGCGCUGCUACUCUCUGUGCUGGAGUACCAAACCGCGGUCAUGCGGCGGGACUUUGAAACCGCGGACCGCGUCCUGCCCACCAUCCCGAAGGAGCACCGCACCCGGGUGGCGCACUUCCUCGAGAAGCAAGGUUUCAAACAGCAAGCGCUGCAGGUUUCCACCGAUCCGGAGCACCGGUUCGAUCUGGCGCUGCAAAUCGGCGACCUGGACACGGCCCUGGUGCUGGCCCGCGAGUCGGACAGCCCGCAAAAGUGGUCCCAGCUGGCGAGUAUCGCCACCAGCAAGAACAAGUUCGACCUGGUCAAGGAGUGCCUCACGAAUGCGAACGACUUUGGCGGGUUGCUGCUGCUGGCCACGAGUUCCGGUGACUCCAACAUGCUGCGGAAUCUGGGCGAAAACGGCGUCUCGCAGGGCAAAUUCAACAUCUCCUUCCUGUCGAUGUUUCUGCUCGGCGACCUGGAGAAGUGUUUGGAGAUUCUGAUCCAAACCAACCGGAUACCGGAAGCGGCGUUCUUUGCCAGAACUUACCUGCCCAACAAAAUCUCGUACGUGCUCGACAUCUGGCGAACGGAGCUGGCCAAGAUUAACGAGAAGGCCGGCCAAAGCCUGGCGGACCCGCAGCAGUACGAAAACCUCUUCCCCGGCUUCUACGACGCGGUCAAGACGCAGCAGUUCCUGCUGCCGGAACGCACCACCGUGCUGCCAGCCUCGGCGGCCAUCAACGUCCCCCUGAACAUUGACCGGUGUCCGGUGGAAGAGAUGAAGGCGGCCGAAAACGAGGGCCGGUUCGACUACGACCCGAGCACCGGUGGCGAAGCGUCAUCUUCCGGCGCAUCUGCAGCUGUGACCGCACAAUCCGCCGGAGUGCAACCACCCAAGGAUGACCGACCCACCGUGGUGCCAGCAGCGACUUCCACGGCCACCACAGCCGCCGCCCCGAUCAAGCGCAAGAGCUCGCUCGAGGACUUUGAGUCGGAGAUCGAGGCGCUCAACCUGGACGAUAACAUUGACACUUCGGAUGUAAAUAUAGACGACGAGUUGAGCGACUGAGGUGGGAGUGCGUUGCCGCAGAAUGGAAAUCCCCCACUUUUUAGUAGUCGUUAGGGCAGAGUAUAUUAGAGUUUAAAUAUAAUUAUUAAAAAAAAUGGUAAAAAAUAAAGCAAACAACACACACAGAAGACACACGGACGGAAGGACCGCAAAGAACAGGAAAACAAAAGCAUGCAUGUAAGAAAGGAAAAAAAAAGUAUUUUAAAAUCGCAUAACGAUAACGACACUCUUUUUUGCCUCACUUCUCCCCCUCAAGCACAUUAUCUAACCAGAAAAAAAGCAAAAGAGAUGCAUUUAAGAAAGCGUGUCUCACAAUUCCAUGGUUGAGAUGAACAAAACUCAACUCUCACACACAAACAAACAGAAGCUAAGCGAUUUAAGUUUGUUGGUUAAUAAUGAAAACUUAACGAAAAAACUGUGUAAUUUAGAACAAAGUUGGUACUUUAUUCUGUGUUUCUCAUCGUGCUAGGGAUUAUUUUUUGUAUGUUAUUAUUCUAUCGAUUGAAACGCAAAAAAAACGCAAUGCUAUUAUCAUCGUCGCUGCAAAUUAUUGCGAAUCUUUAUAUAUUUGUUUAGUCUUCUUCUAUGAUUGGAUCGUUGCGAUGGGACGUGAAGGAAGACAAGAUAAAGUAAAACGUAAAGUGAAGGUGGAACCAUUCAAAAACACACAGACACAAAAAAAAACAAGAAAGCAAAACCCUUAAAUAUAAGAAAAUCCAGUAUAUUGAAACAAAA